AUGGCAGAUGAUGGUAGGUGGAGUCUUCAAGGCACUACUGCUAUUGUCACUGGAGGCACUCGAGGCAUAGGGCAUGCAAUUGUACAAGAAUUGGCAAGUUUUGGAGCAAAUGUUUAUACGUGUUCACGUAACCAGAUGGAGCUUGAUGAGUGUCUUCAACAAUGGAAAACUAAGGGUUUUAAAGUGGAAGGAUCUGUAUGUGACUUACUAUCAAGAUCUCAAAGAGAAAAGUUCAUGGACACUGUUAGCAGCUAUUUUGAUGGAAAAAUUAACAUUCUUAUAAAUAAUGCAGCUGUAGCUAUAGCUAAAUUAACAACGGAGUUCACUCAUGAAGAUUACAACACUAUGAUGGGCAUAAAUUUUGAGGCUUCUUACCAUCUAUCGCAGCUAGCACAUCCUUUCUUGAUGGCCUCGGGAAAUGGAAGCAUUGUUUUCAUUUCUUCUGUUGCUGGGCUUGUCUCUCUUCCCUUAUGUUCCAUUUAUUCUGCGUCUAAAGGAGCAAUGAACCAAUUAACAAGGAGUUUGGCAUGUGAAUGGGCUAAGGACAAUAUUCGAGUUAAUGCAGUUGCACCAUGGAUUAUAAGAACCUCUCUCAUUGAUGCUGCUUCUCAAAAUCCAGUACACAAAGAAAAUAUCAACAAAUUAACGAUUCGGACUCCAAUUGGUGGGCGAGUUGGAGAGCCAAAAGAAGUCUCAGCUAUGGUUGCUUUCCUUUGCUUCCCAUGUGCUUCAUACAUUACCGGCCAGAUUAUGUGUGUUGAUGGAGGAAUAACUAUUAAUGCAUCCUAUUAA